AUGUCAGAAAUUAAUAGUUAUAAUUUGCAACCCUUAAAAGAGGACCAAAGACCGCAAAUGACAGAAGCUUCCAACCCCGAUACUAACAGUACUGUAGAUACAGUUUAUACGACCGAACAGAACAACGAAAAUAUAGAAUUAAUCACAUUGGCCGAUGAAGAAAAAAGUAAUACUAUCAGUGACAACAAAAUUAAGAAGAGACGUAAAUUGGAUUUUAGAGGUAGAAAAGGCAAAAGAGAUUCAGUUGGAUUAUUCGUACGAGACACGCCAGAUGGUACAAACGCAUUACAUGCAGAUGCUGUUGAUUCAAAUGAUGAGAUUGAAUUUGUGGGAGAGGUUUUCGUUCACGAAACCAACAAAACUAAUUGUGAUGGUAAUGACAACAUUAUUAAUGGUGAAAUACCUUAUGUUGAUUUAGAGGAUCCAGGCGUUCAAGUAACACAAGAUACCCAUGCUGGCACUACUACUGUUCCUAUUGAUACGGAUACUACAACAGAUUCUAUCAACAAUGCUUCCAGUAAUGACAUAGAAGUUUUGGAAGUUGGCGAAACCCAGUUAGAGACCCGGUCAGAAACUAAUACUAGGCAAGAUGCUAAUACUAGGCAAGAUGCUAAUGACAUUCACCACUUCACAAUACAUUUACCUGGUGGAAGAAACAUGCAUGUUUAUGAUCCAACUUAUCAAGGAAUAGAUAGAGCGUCAUUUGAAAGUCAACUUUUGUUUGAUUAUCAAGGGGAUGGGAUCCCCGCUACUAUUACCCCUACUGGUAAUAAUAGUAAUCGAGACCCUGCAUAUUUGGAAUUUCGGAGGCGAAGAAGGUUUGAUAGGCAAAGACAAAGAAACAUAAGUAACAUGAAUCAUGUUGCAUUAAGAGCCACUGCAAGUGUAUAUAAUCCAAUUGCUGUUGAUAACGGUAUUGGUACUAUAUCCAUUACAAACGGUACUGAUGGUGAUCAUGAUGAUCAUGAUGAUGUGCAAGUCACAAGUGCAAGACAUAUUCUUGCGGAAACACAAUCUGUUUCUACAGAAAAUUUGCCUUUAGAUGUUCGUAGGAUGCGUUCGGAAUUAGAGACCAGGAGGAGAAUGGAACACAUGCAAGAAAGACAAAGGAGACAGGAACAGUCAACUAUGAGUGUAAUAGAAGAUACUGAAACCACACGUGAAUUUAAUGAACUCAAAAUUAUGUUGGAAAGAUACCCUGAGGGCUUGAGAGCUUUAUUCGAAACAUGCGAAAGUUUGAAUAUGUUUACAAAUAAAAUGAAGGACUAUAUACCCGCAGCUGCUACUGGUACUAUAAGUAAAUUACAAAAUCUAUAUAUUCGAUAUAGAAGUUUCAAAGGAAGGUUUAGAAUCACUGCCUAUCAGCGAGAACAAGAACGUGGAAAUAACAGCAUUAAUGGGCGUGGUGGCAUAGUGAGAAGAAAUGCUGGAAGAGGCAGAAAUGGCGCGCAAACUAAUGUUACAAGUGGCGCUAUUGGCUAUGAUGAAGACAGUAUGGAAUACGGUAUGUUAUAUAGGAUGCGUAUGAAUAUGACCAGAUUAUUAUUUGGCCGAGAUGUGUUGCCACCCUUUAGAAUGUUUUCCAGUUCGAGUGGUGAAGGGAUGGGCAGUCGUUCCCUAAACAACGAACGUGGUGGUGGUGGUGAUGGUGGUGAUGAUGAUGAUGAUGAUAAUGAAAGUGAUGGUUAUGGAUUUAGAAGAAGUGAAGGCGGCUUUUUUGGUGGGCGCAGUGAAGAAGAAGAGACUCAAAAUAUUAUUAAUAUGAUUCAGAGGCGCGAAGAGAGAGAAAGAGAUCAUCAAAGAAGUAGAUUUGAAAAUGCUACUAAACAUUUUAAAGAACAAAUAUUAAAAAAAGCACGAGAAGUACCUAUUGGAUAUAGUUGUUCUUUUGAUACAAAACCACAGCUGGUUGCAGAAAAAGUUAUACCUAACACUAAGUGUGAUAAUGGUGAUGCUACUGCGCAGGGAUUUAGUGUUGAAAAAGUAUUAGUUAUAGAUGAAGACUCGGUAUCGAACAAUUUAGUGGAAGUGCCGAUUUGUGUUUUGUGUGGGGCUGAAUUUGGUAAAGGUAUACCGGAUGAUUUUAAGGGUAAAAGAUUAACAGAUGUUAGUUUUGAACACUUGGUAGAUGAGUAUGAAGUGCCGUGCCCUUACCAAACGUUAAGUAAGCCAACACAAAUUGAUAGGGUCACUUCUAGAAGAUGUUUUGUUGCAACGUGUGGGCAUACAUAUUGUGGAAGAUGUGUUUUGAGGAUACAGCAUGCCAAGAAUUUAAGUGCUUCCAAGAAGAGAUCUAUGCAUAGAUUUAAGGGGCCCUCUAAUCCAAAUAUUUACGGACCUAAAAGGUGUGUUGCUGAAAACUGUAAAAUUCAUUUACAUAAAAAGGGUGUAUUUCAGGAAAUGUUUCUAUAG